GUUUCCCUAUUGCAAUAAUGACCUUGCCAAAUGUGCGCUCGGGCUUUCCGUAGCCGCAGCUCUCAUCAGCUGUCACCAGACGAGCAUUUCAUUUUAAGAUGUAGAUAUUUGUUUGUUGUUUUAAUAUUAAAUGAAUAAUGUCGUCGAAAGGAACGUCGCGAGGUUUUUACUUCAAUACUGUGCUGUCUCUCGCGCGCUCUCUGGCUGCUCAUCGACCCGCUCCGAUUGACAAGGUCCAGAAGCUACAAUGCAUGUGUCCCGUGGACAUCCGUGGUGUUUUCCAGCUGGAUGAGAGGAGGAGAGAUGCUGUGAUCGCCCUCGGUAUCUUCCUGGUGGAGUCUGAGCUGCAGCACAAGGACGCUAUUGUCCCGUAUUUGUUGGUUUUGCUGAAAGGCUUGCCCAGGGUGCAAUGGAUCGAGGAGAGCACAGAGAGGAAAGGACGAGAAACGCUCCCCAUUGCGGAGAAUUUCUCCUUCAGUUUGGUGACGAUGCUCUCAGAUGUUGCCCAGAUGGACGAGUCCAUGCGAAUCCAGAUUUUGGAGGCUGUGAUGAACCUCAUGCAGGUGCUACAGGAAAUGUGUCAGAACAUCGAAGGCCAAGAUAAAGAAUACCUGUGUAAAUAUACUGUGCCCUGUCUGCUCGGCGUGGUGCGAGCGUUUGGCCGCUACAGCAACACAGAGGAGCCACUGCUGUCGAAACUCUUCCCACGGGUCAGCCCUCAGCUCUUGGGCACAGGAGAGGGGACGGAGGUGACCCGACGACGAUCCUUUAACGAUUUCCGCUCCAUCCUACCCAGCUCUUUCCUCACCGUCUGCCAGAGUGACUCUUUACGCCGUAAAACCAGCAGCGUUUCCAGCAUUUCACAACAGGCCAGUCCAGAGCGUGCCGGACUUCCUCCGAGUUCCCCUUCUGACCCUUCUGCUCCUUAUUUUGAAGGUAACUUUAAAAAGAGCAGCAUUUUUACAGCCGGCUCGUACCUGCCCGACGGCAGCGCUGUGGACCCAGACUACUAUUUCUCCAAUAUAAGCUCUAGUUUCUCUGUCUCGCCGCUCUUCACGGGCAGCAACAGUAAAGAGUUUGAUGUACCACUGGAUUUACUGAGGCAGCUUCUGCAAAUGGUUGAGCAGUUUGUGUCAGAAUCCUUCAUGAAGACACUGGAUCAGACUAUGGUUGCAGUUCUAGAGGUCAAUGCAGGAGCUAAUCUGUUCUACAAGACGUUCAGUGAUCCGCUGUAUGUGGCCAUUUUUAAAAUGCUGAGGGACACUUUAUACUACAUGAAAGACCUGCAGGUGUCGUACGUGAAGGAGGUUCAUGACUUUGUUCUGGAGCAGUUCAGCAGCAGUCAGUCGGAGCUGCAGAGGAUCCUGCAUGACGUGGAGUAUCUACACAGCGAGCUGAACCCGCUCAAACUGCGCUGCCAAGCCAACGCCGCCUGCGUGGACCUCAUGGUUUGGGCCGUCACGGAGGAACAGGGUGCGGAGAACCUUUGCACCAAACUGUCUGAGAAACUGCAGUCUAAGACGUCUAGUAAAGUCAUCAUCGCUCACAUGCCUCUGCUCAUCUGCUGCUUACAGGGUCUUGGACGGUUGUGUGAGCGUUUCCCUGUGGUGGCGCACUCAGUCACCAUGUCUCUAAGAGAUUUCUUGGUUGUACCUUCACCUGUACUGGUGAAGCUCUACAAAUAUCACAGUCAGUACACCACAGGAACAGGAGAGAUUAAGAUCCAUGUGACCAAUGAGCAUUCCCAGUCCACCUUCAGUUCUCACGCCAGUAAGAAGAGCCAGCCGUCCAUGUAUGAGCAGCUCCGAGACAUUUCCAUCGACAAUAUAUGCAGGUGUUUAAAAGCAGGGUUGACCAUGGACUCAGUCAUCGUUGAGGCUUUCCUUGCCAGUCUUUCCAACCGUCUGUACAUCUCGCAGGAAAAUGACAAGGAGGCCCACCUCAUCCCAGAUCACACCAUCCGAGCUUUAGGACACAUCGCCGUGGCUCUGAGAGACACUCCCCGUGUGAUGGAGCCCAUCCUACAGAUCCUACAGCAGAAGUUCUGCCAGCCGCCGUCCCAGCUGGACGUCCUCAUCAUAGAUCAGCUGGGCUGUAUGGUCAUCACAGGAAAUCAAUACAUUUAUCAGGAAGUUUGGAACUUGUUCCAGCAGAUAAGUGUGAAGGCCAGCUCGAUGGUUUACUCCACCAAAGACUACAAGGAUCAUGGAUACAGGCACUGUUCUCUGGCCGUGAUCAACGCUCUGGCCAACAUCGCGGCGAACCUGCAGACAGAGCAGAUGGUCGACGAGCUGCUGGUGAAUCUGCUGGAGUUGUUUGUGCAGCUGGGACUGGAGGGGAAACGAGCCAGUGAAAGAGCCAGUGAGAAGGGUCCGGCCCUCAAGGCAUCCAGCAGCGCUGGUAAUUUAGGCGUUCUCAUUCCUGUCAUUGCUGUGCUGACCAAACGUUUGCCACCCAUAAAAGAGGCCAAACCAAGACUGCAAAAGCUGUUCAGAGAUUUCUGGCUUUAUUCGGUUGUGAUGGGCUUCGCUGUUGAGGGCUCAGGCUUGUGGCCGGAGGAGUGGUAUGAGGGAGUGUGCGAGAUUGCAACCAAAUCCCCCCUGCUGACAUUCCCGAGCGGAGAACCGCUGCGCUCAGAGCUGCAGUAUAACUCUGCCCUGAAGAACGAUACGGUCACUCCGGCCGAGCUGAAUGAUUUGAGGGGCACCAUCAUUAACCUGCUGGAUCCUCCUCCUGAGGUCGCUGCGCUCAUCAAUAAACUGGACUUUGCCAUGUCCACCUACCUGCUGUCCGUCUACCGACUGGAAUACAUGAGGGUGUUACGCUCGCUGGAUUCUGACCGUUUCCAAGUGAUGUUUCGUUAUUUUGAAGACCGAGCUAUCCAGAAGGAUAAAUCAGGAAUGAUGCAGUGUGUCAUCGCAGUGGGUGACAAGGUCUUUGAUGUCUUUCUUCAGAUGAUGGCUGACAAGGAAAAGACCAAAGCCCAUGAGGAGGAGUUAGAAAGUCAUGCUCAGUUCCUGUUGGUCAACUUCAACCACAUUCACAAGAGAAUCCGAAGAGUGGCCGACAAAUAUCUGUCAGGACUCGCUGAGACUUUUCCACACUUGUUGUGGAGUGGUCGUGUCCUGAGGACCAUGCUGGAUAUAUUACAGACCCUGUCUCUUUCACUCAGCGCUGACAUCCACAAAGACCAGCCUUAUUAUGACAUACCGGACACUCCGUAUCGCAUCACAGUGCCAGAUACAUACGAGGCCAGAGAGAGCAUAGUGAAAGACUUCGCUGCCCGCUGUGGAGAAAUCCUUAAAGAGGCCAUGAAAUGGGCGCCAUCGGUCACCAAAUCUCACCUACAGGAAUACCUGAAUAAACAUCAGAACUGGGUGUCGGGUCUGUCUCAGCACACGGGUCUGGCUAUGGCCACUGAGAGCAUCCUGCACUUUGCCGGAUACAAUCGUCAGAGCACCAGUCUGGGUACCACUCAGCUCAUAGAGAGACCAACAUGUGUGAAGAAAGACUACUCCAACUUCAUGGCCUCACUCAACCUGAGAAACCGCUAUGCUGGAGAGGUGGCAGGAAUGAUCCAUUUCUCAGAGGCCACGAGGAGCACGUCGGAUCUGAAUAAGCUGAUGAUGCGUCAGAUGAAUGAAGCUCUGGACGGAGGCCAGCCAGAAGCCUUCACUGAAGCCAUGUUCAAAAUGGCUGCGCUGUUGAUCAGCUCCAAAGAAUGGGACCCUCAGCUACUGCAUCAACUGUGCUGGUCUCCAUUAAAGAUGUUUACCGAGAAUGGCAUGGAAACGGCUAUAGCCUGCUGGGAAUGGCUCCUGGCUGGAAGGACAGGUGUUGAAGUCCCGUUCAUGCGGGAGAUGGCUGGCGCGUGGCAGAUGACCGUCGAGCUGAAGAUGGGGCUGUUCUCCGACGCCCAGGUGGAGGCGGAUCCCCUUGCGGCUUCAGAGGAAAGUCAACCCAUCCCCUGCCCACCUGACGUCACACCCCACUACAUCUGGAUUGAGUUUCUGGUCCAGCGUUUUGAGAUCGCCAAGUACAGCAGUGCGGAUCAGGUGGAGAUUUUCGGCAGUCUUUUGCAGAGGUCUCUCUCUCUCAAUGUUGGCGGCCCAAAAAGCAGCCUGAACCGUCAUGUGGCGGCCAUUGGACCUCGCUUCAGGCUGUUGACGCUCGGUCUUGCCCUCCUGCAUUCUGACGUAGUGACCAACUCCACCAUCCGUAAUGUCCUGCGGGAAAAGAUUUACUCCACCGCCUUUGAUUAUUUCAGUGUCGCAUCGAAGUUCCCCACGCAGGGAGACAAACGUCUGCGCGAGGACAUCAGCAUAAUGAUCCGCUUCUAUGCCAACAUCCUCUCCGAUAAGAAGUACCUAGCUGCUAGCCAGCUCGUGCCACCUGGUGAGCUUGGCUCCAAUCCCCCUCAAAGCUCCCUAUCUGCUGGGAUUUUCGGAUCGCUUAUCGUUUCCAGCACUUCUCCGAUAUCGAUAUUAAACAACCAGGAUCCGUCCCUGAACAGUUUGUCGGUGAUGAACGCCACUGACCCCAGGAACAACAUGGACAUGACUGUGGGUUCCCGGCAGCAGAGCGCUCAGGGCUGGAUUAACACCUACCCCCUGUCCAGCGGGAUGUCCACCACCUCGAAGAAAUCAGGUAUGUCUAAAAAGAGCAACAGAGGCACCCAGCUGCACAAGUACUACAUGAAACGCAGGACGUUACUGUUGGCCUUACUGGCCAGUGAGAUCGAGCGACUGACCACUUGGUACAACCCGCUAUCAACACAGGAGCUGGCCAUCGCCACCGAGCAGUCAGUAGAAACCAGCAUCUCCAACUGGAGAUCCAAAUACAUCAACCUGAGUGAGAAACAGUGGAAGGACAAUGUCAAUUUGGCCUGGAGUAUCGCUCCGUACCUGGCUAUGCAGCUUCCAGCUAGGUUCAAAAACGCAGAUGCCAUUGUAGCUGAAGUGACCCGUCUGGUUCGACUGGAUCCUGGUGCUGUUAGUGAUGUGCCGGAGGCAGUGAAGUUCCUGGUGACAUGGCACACCAUUGAUGCUGAUUCUCCAGAGCUGAGCCACAUCUUGUGCUGGGCUCCUGCGGAUCCUCCCACUGGCCUCUCGUACUUCUCCAGCAUGUACCCUCCUCAUCCACUCACCGCUCAGUAUGGAGUCAAAGUCCUUCGCUCCUUCCCUCCCGACGCCAUUUUGUUUUACAUUCCUCAAAUCGUUCAAGCGCUGCGGUUUGACAAGAUGGGCUACGUGCGUGAGUACAUCCUGUGGGCCGCGCAGAAGUCCCAGCUCCUCGCUCAUCAGUUCAUAUGGAACAUGAAGACCAACAUCUAUGUGGACGAGGAAGGCCAUCAGAAAGACCCGGACAUUGGUGAGCUUCUGGAGCAGAUGGUGGAAGAGAUCACACACUCUCUGUCGGGCCCCGCUAAAGACUUCUACCAGCGCGAGUUUGACUUCUUCAACAAGAUCACCAACGUCUCCGCCAUUAUCAAGCCUGUUCCAAAAGGAGAUGAGAGGAAGAGAGCGUGUCUGAAGGCGCUGUCAGAAAUCAAAGUUCAGCCAGGAUGCUAUUUGCCAAGCAAUCCAGAAGCUAUCGUCCUCGAUAUCGACUACAAGUCAGGAACACCUAUGCAGAGUGCUGCCAAAGCCCCUUAUCUGGCAAAAUUCAAAGUUAAAAGGUGUGGAGUUAGCGAGCUUGAAAAAGAGGGUCUGCGCUGCCCAUCAGACUCUCCAGAUGAAGGUGAUGAGAGUUCAGAGAUGGCUCAAAAGGUCUGCUGGCAGGCGGCCAUCUUUAAAGUGGGUGAUGAUUGCAGACAGGACAUGCUCGCUCUUCAGAUCAUCGGUCUCUUCAAGAACAUCUUUCAGCUCGUGGGUUUGGACCUGUUUGUGUUCCCAUACAGAGUUGUGGCCACCGCUCCUGGAUGUGGCGUGAUCGAAUGUAUUCCCGACUGUAAGUCCCGUGACCAGCUCGGCCGGCAGACUGACUUUGGCAUGUACGACUACUUCAGAAACCAGUACGGGGACGAGUCCACACUGGCCUUCCAGAAGGCUCGAUAUAACUUCAUCCGCAGUAUGGCCGCGUACAGUCUGCUCCUCUUCCUGUUACAAAUCAAAGACAGACACAACGGCAACAUCAUGCUGGACAGCAAAGGCCAUCUUAUCCACAUCGACUUUGGCUUCAUGUUUGAGAGUUCUCCGGGUGGGAAUCUGGGCUGGGAGCCCGACAUCAAGCUGACCGAUGAGAUGGUGAUGAUCAUGGGCGGCAAGAUGGAGGCCACACCCUUUAAAUGGUUCAUGGAGAUGUGUGUGCGUGGAUACCUGGCCGUAAGGCCGUAUAUGGAUGCUGUCGUGUCAUUGGUGACGUUGAUGUUGGACACAGGGCUGCCGUGCUUCAGAGGACAGACUAUCAAACUCCUGAAGCAAAGGUUCAACCCCAAUAUGAGCGAGAAGGAAGCUGCGGCCUUCAUGAUUAAAGUCAUCGAGCGCUGCUUCCUCAGUAGCAGGAGCAAAACCUACGACAUGCUGCAAUACUACCAGAACCAGAUCCCAUACUGAGACCGGACUCGCACAUCCGCCUUCGAUCCGACUUCUCUUCACCGGCCUCAGAUUGAGAUCAGUAGUCACUAUCAGUCUAUUAAAAUCCUUUAUGACGAGCACUUUAUAGAUUUGAAUGAUUCACCCACUCUGAUUGGCCCAGAUCGCAGCGUCCAGGUGUGUCACUUCCUGUCCGGCUGCCUCAGGGCCUCUCUAGUGAACCGCUGUACUCCUAAAGCUGCAUGUAUGUCCUCUUAUCUCCCUUUAAGGCAUCUGCCAUGACGGUUUGUGCGCGAGUUCUGACAUUCCAUGCGUAGAAAUACAUCCUUUAACUCUACUUGAAUCUUUACUGGGUUCAGUUGCAUCACCCAGGAAGCCAUUUUCUAAGACUAUGGCACAGAUUGCACUGUAGAUUGUGUGCCGUCAGCAAAUGACCCGUGUUAUGCAAUACAUUGAUGUUUGUGCGUUGUGUUUUGUCUAUACGUCGUGUUCGGCACUGCACUGAAAAAAAAAUUAUUCCUCAGUAUUUUUUUCUUGUUUUCCAGUACGAAUAUCUUAAGAUUCUUCAAUCAAGAUACAUUUACUUGAGAUGCAAAAUAACUUAUGAUAGAAGUCUUGCUUUAUGAAAAAAAAAAUGUAUCAAAAUUAAGUCUUAAUUUGGGGUUAGAAAAAUAAACUUAAUUUUUUUUUUUUUUUUUUUGCUGACUCCAUUGGAUAGAUACAUUGAUACAUUUUUUCAUGUCUUGAUUUAAUGUUUACAUAUUUGUACUGGAAAACAAGACAAAAGUACUGAGGAAGAAAAUCCUUUUUUUUUUUUUUUUUUGCAGUGAUGAAUGGGUGAAUCUCACGAAACCUGUCAGGAAGUGGUCUGAAAAUUAUAGAAAUUAGUUUUGCAAGAAAAUUGUCUAUUUUUGGGACUAUUAAGGUCAUUGUGACAUUGUGCAUAUACAUUUUUAACCACAAUUUCUUAUUAAUAUAAUGCAAAAUGUCGCUUAUUAAUAUUUAUAUGUCAUGAAGGUAUUUGUUCUACUGCCUUUUAAUUUGUUGAUUUAAAUAAAGAAAAAUGUUUUUUUUUUUGUUUUUUUUACUAGAAUACAAAAAAACUUUAUUUUACUGAGAAUCAGGAUUGUAUGGAAGCUUGUUUCCACCACUGAAUAAAAAGUUGCAAUUACCUUUUUUAUUUUUUUAUCUCGUAAUUCUGACUUUAUAUCACACAAUUUUGACUUUUUCCUCAUAAUUGCGAGUUUUUAUCACACAAUUUCUGACUUUAUACCUCACAAUUCUGACUUUUUAAUGCAGAAUUGUUUAUAUCUCGCAAUUCUGACUUCAUAACAUGCAAUUGCGUGAUAUAAAGUCAAAAUUGCGAGAUAUGAAGUCAGAAUUGCAAUAUAGUCGCAAUUCAGAUUUUUUUUCUCUCGCAAUUGCAAGUUUUUAUCACGCAAUUCUGACUUCAUAACUCAAAUUCUGACUUUUCUCUCAGAAUUUAGUUUCUAUCUCGCAAUUCUGACUUUAUAACAUGCAAUUGUGUGUUAUAAAGUCAGAAUUGCAAUAUAAAGUUGCAAUUCUGACUUUUUCUCGCAAUUCUGACUUUAUAACACACAAUUCUGACUUUAUAACACAAUUCUGACUUUAUAUCAUGCAAUUCUGACUUCAUAACUCACAAUUCUGACUUUAUAUCAUGCAAUUCUGACUUCAUAACUCACAAUUCUGACUAUAUCUUGCAAUUCUGACUUUAUAUCUCGCAGUUCUGACUUUAUAUCACGAAUUGUGAGAUAUAAACUCGCAAUUACCUUUUUUUUAUUUUUUAUUUCAUGGUGGAAACAAGCUUCCAUAGGAUUGAGAGAAUGAGAAUUACAAAAAAAAAAAAAAACUAGUACACUGUCUGAAUGCAUUACAGUAAUGAUAAGAAUAAUGCAAUUAAAUACAAAUAAUAAAAACUUAUGCAAAAUAUCCUAAUGCUCCUCAAAAAUAGGCUUUAUUUUCUUCAUGUGAAAAAUAAAUGAGAUUUUAGGGUGAAAUCUUGAUGUGUUUUCAUGAGAUUCACUCAGAUGUUGUUUGUGUGUUUACUCCUAACAGGGAUCUUCAAUCCAAAAAGAAAAUGUAGUUUACUGACUUUAUAGAAUAUCUGGUGAUCAUUAUGUAUGUCAUUUGGCAUGUAUUUUUCCUAAAAACAUUGAAGAUGUAAUUUCAUAGUGGUUAAAAUAGGGAGCUGCAAGUGUUAUGUUCAUUACGUCGGUGGGGUUACGAUGAGAGAUUUGCUGUAUAGUCGCUAUUCCUCAUUAGCUGUCGUAGUUUCACUGCUUUUUUACUCACUGUAAGUGAAUAGAUAUAAAAUAAUCUCUACACAUUAGAGACAAAAGCUUUAGUCCUAUGAAUAAUUUUCCUUUAAUGUUACUUAAAGAAUAAGAGCUUAUUUUAGCUUAUUAUAGCAACAAUAGAUUAUAGAAGCUAUGCUCAAGUUCAUCUGUAUGUAUAUAUGUGCGUCUGAUAUUUGUGACAAUAAGAAUAUGGCAGAAAAGACAUUAUUUCUAUGUAUGUUGACGUUUUAUCCGUUUAAUUAUUGUUUUAAUUGAUUUGCAUCACCAUUAGCAUCAUUGACAAUCAAGUCACUUGUUGAAUUGUGUUCUGUGUUCAAUCAUGAAAUGUUCAUGUUUGUCAGUGAAAACACGUUUGAGAGAAGCGUCACAUGAUGGGAACGUUUCUUAACCUCAUGAAAAGCCGUUGCCGAUUAUAUACGCCGUUUGUCCACAUUUGCACUUUUAACAUUUCAUUGCUGUCAGUAUAUUCAAUCAAAUGUAUUUGUGAACAGAAAUGGACCUGAAAUCAUCUAUUAAAAUACUUGGACAAAAA